AAAAGCCACCCGUGAUAAUAUUCCUCCUUAACACGCCUCACACUCUCACACGCGUGCAAACCCUUUCCUCCUUCACAUGCUCGCACGUUUCACUCUACAACUACUUUUUUCUCUCUCAUCUCGCCGGAAUUUCGCCGGAAUAUUCCCAAAAUUCCCAAAUUAUUCUCUCCGACGAUUCUUCUUACAUCGUUCAUGUCAUAAAACGACGUCGAUUCACCGGUUGCAUUGGAAAGUGGACCUUUUUCUAUCAAGAUCCUUGAGCCGGUGCUAUUCAAACUCACAUUGCAAUGCUGGGUUUAAAUAGAAAUCGACAUUUUAUUAGCAUGGCUGGCUGUUUCAUGCAAGUAUUCAUUGAAAAGGAAACACUCUCUACUUACUUUUGUAGUAUUUAGUUAUUAAAAAAUGAAUGUGGCAACGAGUAUGCAUACUACUGGAACUAGCGAAGAUGAUGAAGAGGAAGAGAUGGACAUGGAUGCAAAGGAAGAAGAUGAUGACGAUGAAGGUAGAAACAUGGCAGCUUCCAUGAUGGUCAAUAUGGUUGGAGGAAUUUCUACGAGCAACAACAACAAUCAAUUUCAGUAUCACACCGAAAUUCAAGAACAGACAACCAGUCAGGGAGGAGCUGCUAGAAGGUCGAGGCCAUUAGAGGAGAAGGAGAGAACAAAGCUACGGGAACGGCAUAGGAGAGCCAUCACUGCAAGGAUUUUGGCUGGGCUUCGACGCCAUGGAAAAUACAAUCUCAGGGUCAGAGCUGAUAUAAAUGAUGUAAUUGCAGCUUUAGCAAGAGAAGCUGGCUGGGUCGUGCUUCCAGAUGGUACUACAUUUCCUUCAAGAUCUCAGGGUUCAAGGCCUUCUGGUAAUCCUUCAGUGCCAGCGGCCAUGUCCUCUCCAGCUUCUUCGCAAAUGGUGCCCCAACAGACUCAGUCUGCUACCUUCAAAGGCGUAUGCCCUGGCUAUCAAAACUCAGUGGAAUAUAAUACAUGUCAAAUAAAAGGUGUUUUUGUGCCCACUGCAUCCCCUUAUGAUGUAUCUUCCAGUUCGCAUUCCCAUGCGUCCUCUACAGUAGGUAGUAGGGGAGAAGGAACAGAUAAUCAUCCUCUUAUUGGUAGCUCCGUGGAUGCCAUGGGUAACAAACAGGUCGUUGCACUCCCCUCAAGGCUUCAUGAGCAUGACUUUGCUGGCACUCCAUAUAUUCCAGUUUAUGUGAUGCUACCAUUGGGAGUCAUCAAUAUGAAAUGUGAGCUUACUAACCCUGCUGGGCUGUUGAAGCAGCUGAGGAUCUUGAAAUCAAUUAAUGUAGACGGUGUUAUGGUUGACUGUUGGUGGGGGAUAGUGGAAGCUCAUGCUCCGCAGGAGUAUAAUUGGAUUGGUUACAAAAGACUCUUCCAAAUUGUAAGAGAUCUUAAACUUAAGUUGCAGGUUAUGAUGUCAUUUCAUGAAUGUGGAGGCAACUUUUGCGAUGACGUCUGUAUACCUUUGCCCCUCUGGGUGGCAGAGAUCGGUCGUAGUAACCCUGAUAUAUAUUUCACAGACAAAGAGGGACGACGAAAUCCUGAAUGCCUUUCAUGGGGAAUCGAUAAGGAGCGAGUGCUAAAAGGUCGAACUGCUUAUGAGGUAUAUUUUGAUUUCAUGCGAAGCUUCCGGAUAGAGUUUGGUGAGUUCUUUGAAGAUGGUAUUAUUUCCAUGGUUGAAGUUGGACUUGGUCCAUGUGGCGAUUUGAGGUACCCUUCUUUCCCAGUUAAGCAUGGUUGGAGAUACCCCGGCCUCGGAGAAUUUCAGUGUUAUGAUCAGUAUAUGUUGAAAAGCUUACGGAAGGCUGCUGAAGCAAGAGGACAUGCUUUUUGGGCUAAAGGGCCUAAUAAUGCAGGUUUCUACAACUCGCAGCCCCAUGAGACUGGAUUUUUUUGUGAUGGAGGUGAAUAUGAUGGCUAUUAUGGCAGGUUUUUUCUUAACUGGUAUUCGCAAGUCUUAGUUGACCAUGGUGACCGAAUACUUUCUUUGGCCAAGUUAGUUUUUGAGGGAACCUGCAUUGCUGCAAAGCUAUCAGGAGUACAUUGGUGGUAUAAGACUGCUAGUCAUGCAGCUGAAAUAACGGCUGGGUUCUGCAACCCAUGCAAUCGUGAUGGUUAUGCUGUGGUGAUGUCCAUGUUAAAGAAGAAUGGAGCUGCUUUGAACUUCACAACUGCAGAAGUGGGCAUGUUGGAUCAGCUUGAGGUUUCUCCUGAAGCACUAGCAGAUCCUGAAGGACUGGCUUGGCAAGUGCUGAAUGCUGCAUGGGAUGUUUGCAUUCCAGUUGCCAGUGAAAACUCUGUUCCUUGCCAUAGUAGAGAAGUAUAUAACAAAAUACUUGAAAAUGCAAAGCCCUUUAAUGAUCCCGAUGGACGACACUUGCUAUCAUUUACAUACCAUAGGCUUAGUCUCCAACUCAUGGAAAGACACAAUCUUGUGGAAUUUGAAAGAUUUGUCAAGAAGAUGCAUGGAGAAGCAGUUCUUGACCCCCAGUCCCAGAUGUAAUUGAAGUUAAUUAUCCAUUUCUUCUGCAGAUGGCUGGCGAGCAAGUCCAUGCAGUUUUGGUACAGUACAAAUUGGAUUAGGUUGAUCCCCUUAGUGUAUAUGUCAAUCAAGCUUCAUGUACAUGUUUUUUUCAUUAGUGUAAAAUCUGGUUGAUAAGUUAGCUUAUUAGGGAUUUUGCUUUGCAGCUUGACAAUUAGGAGUUCUACAAAUUAAUCAUAUAUAUUGGUUGGUGUCAAGGUGCUUAUGUAUAUGUUAAAACCUGUUGCUUUUAUAAACAUAAUUUCUUCUUCGUCAA